AUUUUAUAUUCUACUUAGGUUUUACAAGUGUGCUGGUGCUUCUCACAAGUUAAAAAAACAUUUUACACCGUCUUCAUCAGAUCUGGUUCUCUUUUUGAUGUAUGUUUUCGUAUUAGAGUGAACUGAAUUUAGGGUUUCGUUUGGUUCUUCAUUUAAUCUUGCCGCUUGGUCGAUUUUUUUUUGUACAGUUUGCACAGCAAGAGCAGCUUUCAUCUACCAGAAGCAUAAUUGCAUUGAUGUGUUGUGGAAAACUUUCUUACUCCUGAGUUGAUAUGGGUUUUGAUAUUGAAUGCAUAAUUGACAUCCAUACCUAUCCUGGAGAGUAUUUCUGUCCUGUUUGUCGCACACUCAUAUUUCCUAAUGAAGCCGUCCAAUCACAGUGCACUCAUCUCUACUGCAAACCUUGUCUGGCACAUGUUGCCAAUGGGAGCCGAGCCUGUCCUUAUGAUGGAUACUUGGUGACUGAAGCAGACUCUAAAGCCCUUAUCGAGUCGGACAAGACACUUGCUGAAAGCAUAGGCAGAGUUAAAGUGCGUUGUCUCUAUCACAGAAGUGGAUGCACAUGGGAAGGUUCCUUCUCUGAUUGCACUUCCCAUUGUUCUGGGUGUUCCUUUGGCGACUCCCCAGUUGUAUGCAAUAGAUGUGGAGUCCAGAUUGUGCAUCGACAAGUGCAUGAGCAUGCCCUGAGUUGCCCUGGUGUAUAUCCUGCACAACAGGCAACUCAUGGUGCCCAGGAUAAUCCUAGCUCUGGUGCAGCCACCACUGCUGCUGGUACCGACUCGAAUAAAACUAAGGCUCAUUCAGGAACUCCAGCAUCACAGACACCAAACCCUCAAACCACAACUGCUUCUCUGCUUCCUGGACAAGAUCCCAAUCAGCAAACAAAUGCCAGCUCUCAGGCUCUUGCUACUGCUUCAGCUGGUAUGCCUACUUCAGAGCAGUGGUAUCAGCAGUAUUAUCAGCAAUAUGCUGCUGGAUAUGAGCCUUAUCAACAGCAAACUUAUCAACAAUACUAUCCUUAUCAGCAACAGCCCCUCCAACAAUAUCAGCAACAACCUCACAUUUACAUGCAGCCACCAGCACAACCCCAGACCCUGGCCCCAGCCCCAGCCCAGCCCCAAUCCCAGCCGCAGCCACUUAAUCCUCAAUCUCAUACUCAAAUGCAAGCUCUACCUAAAGGGCCAACUCAACCACAGGUUCAACCUCUGGCACAACAGCAUCAAAACCAGGUUCAAGUCAACCCAGUACAGCAGCUCCCACCUACUAUGCAACCUCAUGCCCAAAUUCCAUCACAAAUAUAUCCAGCUUCUCGUGCUCAUCCACCUACUCAGCCUCCGCCAUAUUCACAGACCUAUUCAAUGCAGCCUCAUUCACAACAAUAUGUGCAAGUGCCACAGUAUCAGCAGCCUCCUGCCCUGGUUCAUCCCCCUCCAUCCUCUCAAGCCCAACCACAUCCUCCUGUGCAAGCACAACCUCAUUCACAACUCCAGCCGCAAAUAAAUGUGCAACAUCAUCCACAAUCUCAUGGCCAAUUGCGCCCUCCUCAGGUCGGCCAGCCUGCUCAUGCACAGGGUCAGACCCUCCCUUCAACAGCCAAUGCAGUUUCAGGUUUCCAUUCCUAUCCACAAACCCAGCUUACGCAGCAAGUGGCUACAGGGAUGUCACAGCAACCUCCAAUGUACCCACAUCCUACUAGUGGGUCUAUGCCUCUGGUUCAAACUCAUGGUCAGGUUCCUCAACCUCCCUUAAUGCGCCCACCUCUGGGUCUAAUCGGCAAUCAGCAACCGGGGCUGGUACCUUCUCAAGGUCAAGUUCCUGCACAAUCUCAACUUUAUCCUAUUGCUCAGCAAGCAGGACACUCAAUUCAGCAACAUCCUGGUCAGUCUAAUCAACAGCCAAUGUCUCAACAGUACAGUCAUCAUCAUACAUUUCCUGGUCCAUUUCCGAGCCAAUCUCACCAGCAAGGUCAUUUUACUCACCAGCAGCCGUUGCAGUCUCAGUUUCGCCCACAAGGUCUUCCUAAUGUGGUGCCUCAAAGUUUGCAUGCGUAUAUUCAACCGCAGCAAAAUGCCACCUUACCACCUCCCCCACAACCUCAACAAUCUCAAGCAUAUAUAGGAAGGCCUGGGAUGCAAAAUCAUGUCCAGUCGAUUUCACAGGCUCAUGGUGGAUAUAAUAGUACAGCCCAGGUUAGACCUGUCCAGCCUGCUUUAAGCCAGCCGCAAAUAAAUCCAAGUUAUGGGAACUACACGGGCAAUGAGCAUGAGUCGAUGGAUCAGAAGAAACGGUUAGCCCUAGAAAGUAAAGGUGAUCUGUUACCUGACAAAACUGCUGGAAGGAAAGAAGUGGGAGUUCCUUCCCAGGACAAUGCUCAAAAGGAUCUAAAUUCUCUUCCAGCCAAAUCAAUUGAUGAUGAGUACAGACAGAGGGCCAGCAGUGAUAUAGAUGUCCAUAGGGGUGAUUCAGAUGAGCUUAUGGACAAAAGAACUGUUAAGAAAGAGGAAGAUGACACUUUUUUGAAGCCUAAAUCUGCUGCCAAAUCAGCCGAUGCAACAGUUAAACCAGACAAAGAUGCCUGUGAUGAUGUUCCAAAAGAACUGGACCAGACUCUGGAAAAGCAUGAAUCUUCUGAUGCUACCGAUGGUUCGAUUAAGAAUCUGAACUCUGGAAGAGAUUCACAUGACGCUACCACUGACGGAGGGGUUUUUCAGCAGUAUGGGCAUGGGAUGCCACAGCCGAAAUAUGGACCGUCUGCUCAGCAAAGGCCCGUUGGUCCUAUGAUAAUAUCACCAGUGCGACCUGCAGGCAGUACUUCUCAUGGCCAACUCCCUGGAUAUCCCCCCACUGCAAUGAUGCCUUCAGGGAAUGUACCUCAGGCUGGUCAGCCAUUGAAUUCUCUUGAUCAUCGUCCACAAUUCCUGAAGCAGCCUAGUAGUGCCCCCCUUGGUGGUAUCCCUGGUCCAGGGUCUAUUACAACCUUUGCUAGGGGGCAUGGUCAUUUUCCUCCACCAGGUGAGUUCCCAGAGGGGAUUACGGGAGUAGGAAGAGCACUGUUAAGUGGUGCUGAAAUUCCUAGUGGAACACAACAGUCGGUUAAUCCAGCAGAGGCUGAAAUGUUUCAAAACCAAAGGGUGAAUCGUUUUGAAGGAAAUCAAUCAAACCCAUUUUCCUCAGGGUCUUUUGAGAAGGUUCCAUUUGUCCAACCUAGAAGUAUGGAAUCUGCUAGGGAUAAAAGGUUGAAGGCGCCUAUGGCGGAGCAUUUAAUUCCUUUACCAGUGCCUUGUGAUCAAGGAUCACGGCCACAUGACAAACCUCCUCACGGAUUAGGAUAUGAUUCUGGAUCAAAAUUUGAGGCCAGUACCGGGGUUCCACCGAACAGAUUAUUGCCUCCACAUCAUCCUCCUGGUUCGAUGCAUUUCAAGGAUAGUGGAGAAAGAGAAGCACCACUUGGUCCAAAUGACGAUGAUAGAAAAAGGGGAGGAUCUGGAUUGGGUGUGCAUCAUAUGGAUUAUUUGUCUGCCAGAAACCCUGAUGGGGAGUUAUUUAACAUUCCACAACGUGGAUUUGUAAGUCACUCAGGUUUUGAUGAUACUGGUGGCAGAGAGCCCCGUCAAUUUAUUGAAGGGCCAGGACAUUUCAAUUUACCUUCCAAUCUAGCUGGCGGCUUAUACUCUAAUGGUAGGUUCCAAGCUUUGCCUGGCCAUCCACAUGGAGUAGAGACUGAUGGUCUUGGGGAUUUGAGAGGUGGUGAGCAUACUACCUUUGGUCGUCCUUACAAACAUGUCCAGAGUGGUGAUCUGUUUGGAAAAGACAUGCCGAGUCAUUUGCAUCAUGAUGAGUCUUUGGAUCCUCCGAAAUUACCAAGUCAUUUACGUUUUGAUAAACCUGGUGGCUUUGGUUCCUUCGCUGGCCGUGCUUAUAUGGGGGAGUUGUCUGGGUUUGGAGAUAUUCCUGGUUUUGAUGAAUCAAUUGGACGCAACAAACCUGGUAUGCCACAGUUUGGGGAGCCUGGCUUCAGGAGCUGGUAUCCUGUUCCGGGGUAUCCGAAUCACGGACUUUAUGCAGGUGAUGUGGACUCCUUUGAUAGACCAAGAAAGAGGAAGUCCACGAGUAUGGGAUGGUGCCGCAUUUGCAAGGUUGAUUGUGAAACCGUUGAGGGCCUAGAUAUGCAUUCACAGACAAGAGAGCACCAGGAUAUGGCUAUGGAUAUGGUCAGGUCUAUCAAGGAGCAAAACCGAAAGAAACAGAAGACUUUUAGUGAUCGUGCUUCAGUUGAAGAGAAAGGGAGGACUAGAAAGGCAGUGUUCGAGAGCCGUGGUAGAAAGACUUGAGCUUGGGAUAGUAGAUAGGAAGUGAAAGGCUGUGUUUGAUGGUUGUAACUAAGCCUUCAGUCAAGCAUUUGCACCGCAAUGUAGGUGAUUAGCUUUACAAUCUUUCUUCUUCUUCUGGGGGUUUUAUCCUAGCUUUGUCAUUUCAGGUUGCCGCCCUGUUGUUGGAAGAUGGUUUGGAUUGGAAGUUUCUGUGGCAGUUAAGUUGUUUUGCCCAUGGUUUUGAAAACUUAUUUUUCCUGUAUUAGAACAAUUAUGUCAACUUAGUCCUAGUGGAUCUGUAGCUAUAUUCUGCACUUUCUUCCUUAUGCAACCUAGUUCAGGGAAAGUCUCCUGCUAAUUAUAUGUUGCUAUGCAUUAGUUUCAGUUCUUAUGCGAGAGUUCCUAUAAUAUGUAUGCUCUGAUCUUACCUCUGUCUUCUAGUGCUCGUUCAUGCUUCGGGAAUGAAAUAGUAACUAAUUGUGAUGCUUCAUUGGAUAUGGAGAUAGUGAAGGCCUGAUCCUUAAAUAAUAAUGAGAAUCAUAUCAAAUCAUACCUUCUUUUGUUAUUCCUUAAUUUUUGUUGGUCAACAGAAGAAAACUUCUCCAUAAAGAAUUGGUAUAGAAGUUCUUCUGUCUGCUUCCUAGCCAAAACACUACAUCCUCUUUUGAAAAAAGAAAAAAAAGCAAAACUGUAUCUGAAGAUCAGUUUGGCCCUGACAGUGCACAGUUUGCUGUGCAGCAUCUUAAGUAAAAAGGGCAUUGCCGCACUGGAAUGUGCACUUCAUUUUUCUUAACUAAAUAUACACUUUGCGUAAGAGGGAUUCUUAUGGCCACUUUUGGGCUGCAGUGAUACAUAAAGCAGAGACGCACACAGUUAUCCAGAAAGAAAAGAACUGCUGAGACAGAGACAGAACCUGUGAUCCAUGAACGUACUAUACAGUUAGCAACUGGAGUUAAAAUAUAACUUCCGCUUUACAAUUUACCAUUCUAGUUUUUAGAAUAUGUACAGAGCUUGCAGGUACUAGAAAAGUCUAAAUUACAUUAAAAAACUUGAAUGGAACUGGUUCUAGUGGAACUAAAUCAUAGUGAUGGUCCAUAUGGCUGAUCUCAGCUGGCUUGGGAUUGAGGCGUAGCACUUGGUGAGACAUCCUUUUCAUUGCUUGGAGAUGCUUUUCUGGUCUUAACAUUGAAGUUCAGUUAGGGUCGUCUUGUUUUUUGUUUUUCGUUUUUCUAUGGUGUCUCCAUGUUUACUAAAAUUGACCGGUGUACGAGCUGCGGAGUUAUGUACCAUUGCAACCAUUAGAUUGGUAUAUCAAUAAAACUGUACAACAAUUAUUAUGAAAAUUUAUAAUUGGUGGCUCUCGGUUAACAGACUAUCAAUAUUAGAUUGCUGUUUUUCUUGAUUGAAGGGAAGGGGUUUGUGUUAUUUAAUGGCCAACCAAAAAAAGAGACUAUGAAAAGACACAUUUAUACUAAUAAGACUGAAAUUUCCUAGUUCGGAUGACAUGUAAAUGGGGUUUGGUCAAAGGAGAUCUGUUAGUGAAGAUAAUUGAAGCUUGUUCGUCAUAAUACAUUAUCCUUUGAACUGUGAACAUAAAAUGCAUAACUUCUGUGUUGGGGGAUGGGAGAAGCUUCUCCGGGCAAUUGUCUUCUGCCACACAGCAGUAAAAUUUGUUUUUACUAUAGGGCUCUUUUGUUGUGCAUCUCUUUUCAUACUUGCCUGCAGUUUUAUUUUGUGAUGUUCUCUCAUGCCUCGAGGAUGCAUCAUAAUUUUCAUGGUUCUUUACUCGUUAAUAUUGGAAUUCCUGAUUCCCUGGCCUAGGUUUGUUGAGCUAAUUUGUCUAUUGCACAAGGUUAUUUCACCAAGCUAGGUUGCUAAUGUUCCGAUCUCUCCAUUCUUGGGACUGGUUACCUGACAGAUGUAGCUUAGUUGUAAAGACGAGGUUUUAAUGAUGGAAAAUAUUCUUGAAGUUGAUCUGGUAUUAUGAUAUUGAACCUCUUUUUGAGAAACGUUUAUGAAGUUCUCUGGUCAUCAUAGUUUGAAUACUUUGCAGGAUGUUGACAAUGUAUUUAGGUUAUUCUUUAUUAAGACUUUGAUUCGUUCUAUAUCAUCAAAGUGGAAUUUAGCCAUAAGACCAUACAGAUUGCUGAAACAAAAUUGAUGGAUAUACAAUGUCAGUGUACUAACAUAAAGGAAAGCCAGCGAACAGAAAGUAAUAAAGGCGGUCUAUGACAGUCCAUACUAUAACAAAAUUGAUGGACAAACAAUUCAACAUAAUUGUAAUUAACAUCAAGAAAGAACAGGGUACAAAAAAGAGGCUAUAAUCCUUCACUGCAACACUAGUGUAAAGAACUGUGAACAAAAAGGAACCUGGAUCUUUUGGAGACAUGGAUUUUCACUUAUUUGAUAAUCUCAGUUGUUGUCUAUGAUGGAGGGUUGAUGUUGAUAUGGAGAGUUUGGAGACCACGAUUAAGAUUCCUGAAUAUAUGAUUAAGAGGUUAUAAAAAUUGGUUUCUGUUGUAGCUUUUUUGUUAAAUUUGUAUGAGUUUUUUUAUUUUAUUUUUUGAUCAAAAGGGGUGUAUGAGACAUUUUUGAUAAAUAAGAAGUGUUCCCAAAUUGUUGUUGUUAAUGAUGCCUGUAGUUUUGACAACAAUUGCUUGACAUAGGUUAAAUCAUGGAGCUUCAUAAACUUUAGGCCCGGAGACACGAUGCAGAGUUUAUAGAUUGAGGUGCUUUCUUAGUAUGUGUUACAGGAGAAUAGCAAGGGUACAUCUAACCAUUUAAAAGGAUGAGGGAGUCUUUUGUAUUGUUUUAAUGUGACUAGGAACUUGUAUGUCUGAGCUUUUAGUCAGGUUAUGGAAUUCAGUUCUUUGCCUUGGAACACAUGCAUGUGCUGCUUUAGAAGUGUUUUUGUUAGUACUGUGUUAUGCAGAAAGCCAGAAUCUGGGAUAUCUGACAAGCCAAAACAUUAAUGAAUUUUGCAUAUACUAACUUUCUUUCUUUCCUUGCUCAAUUUGGGGUGAAGCCUAGGUGAAUGUUAAAGUAAUAAAAAUGGCGAACUGCAGUUGCUGUAAAGCAUAUUAUGUAGUAAACAUGCAAAAUAAGCAAUGGUAGUUCAUAUUGCUAAAAUAUAGUUUAGCAAUGUUGCAAGCAGGAACUCCAUUUCCACAUGGGAAAAUUAGUCUAGCUAAGUGCGGUACCACUAUAUUCUGCUGGAUAAUGUUGACAGGAAGAACCCAAUGUAAGAUCUUCUCAAUUGCACGACGAAGCAUCUAGACAUUCCUGAGGAUCACCUUUGUCAUUAGUUAGGAGUGGUUACACAUUUCAACUUCCAUUGCAGGCUGUUUAUGAAAGUACAACCAUCAGGAAGAAUGUUGUAGUAUUUGUUUGUAAAAUAAAAGGGUGAUCUUCAAUGUAGGCAGUGUCUUUUAUUGUUUCUACCUUUGUUCUUUGAUAAACGAACUCUUUGAUCUUUCCCUUCAUUUUGAUAUUAGAGCUGGAAGAGUAAAUACAGCUCUAUGUUAAUUUUACCCUGUAAAGGCUGUUGGGGAUGUAUUAGUUACAGCAAGUAAAGAUGAUUGAUGUGAAGAUAUGUACAUUUUUCAAGUUUAAAGCAAAUGAUUUGUAAAUA